AUGCAAUUCUCCAGCCUUCUCCUCCUAACAGCCUCCCUCCUCGCCACGCACAUCCACGCGCAGUUCGAGAUGCCGGAUAGCUUCGACGAGGCCAUCGACGCCGUCGAUGCGCCAACUGUCAUCGGCCGGCCGAGCGGGAAGGAUGAGGGUAACUCGUUCUGUUUGGGGGGUUGUUAUGCGACGCAAGAGGAGGCGCCGUGUGGGCAGCCUUAUUCCAAGGCGGUGUUCAAGGAGGAGGAGGGAUGCUGGGUUUGCUGCUUUACGGAUGACUUUUGA